UCUCCAACUCCCCUUUCCUAACAACAACGCACGCCAGCAACGCGUUUUCUUGUCAGUUAUUUUCAAAAAUCACUACAAGAACACUUAGUCGGGUACGAAACAUCUUCACCUCCAACUAGAUACCAUUUAGUAUUACAACCAAACAAUUUUGUAUAUAUAUAUCAUCACAAUGUCCUCUUUACACAACGAAACCAUCACUUGUACUUUCCUCUACAAUGAAGUUCUCGAUAUGACUUCAUUGGCCCCUUGCCAAAGUCCUAAGCUUACUUUUGCUCUUGUAGAUCUUCGCUCUAGUGAUUUGUAUGAAAAGAGCCAUUUACUGGCGGCUACGAAUGUAGAUAUCGAAGCAAUCACUAGACAAAUUGAUGAAGGUACCACAGAAUGGGAGGAUUUGCUUGAGAAGAAUCCAGGUUUGGAGGGAUUCCAACAAAGUCUCUUCAGAAAGGCCAACUACUCGAAUCAAAUGUUUGUAAUUUAUGGCCAAUCAUCACUAUCGCAACAAGUUGUCGAUCAGUUCAUCCAAAAAGUUAUUCCUCUCUUCCCAAGAAACAUUGUCAUUAAGAGUUUGAAAUCUCUCGAAGGCGGAUUAGAUGAAAUGAACAGAAAGUACUCUAAUUCAAUUUGUUCCGAUUUUGAAUAUCCAGAAACCAUGGAAAGAGACUCAACACUCCUUCCAAAUGAAAUUAUACCAGAUUUCCUCUUCCUUGGAGCUUACCUUCACGCCUAUGUUCCAAAGUUGUUAGAAUCGUUAGGUAUUAAGAAAAUUGUUAACGUUACACCUGAACCUCAUGAAAAUCAAGUCUUGGAAAAGUAUGGCGAUUUUCAAAUUCAAAUUGUGGACCAUCAAACCAUGGACAUUAAACAACACUUCUCGCAAGCAAUUGAAUACAUUAAGGAGUGUAAGAAGAAUGGUGAAAAGGUUUUCGUCCACUGUCAAAAAGGUAUUUCCAGAUCAGCAUCUAUUGUGUUAGCCUAUUUGAUUGCCGAAGAAGGAUUGACACUGCAAGAAGCUUAUAACAUUACUAAACAAGCCAGAAAAUUUGUCAAACCAAACAAGGGAUUUUCGAAUCAAUUGGGUCAAUUUGAAAUGGAACUGAAUCCAAAUCUUAAAAAGCCAACCUAUAGAGACGAAACAUCUUCUUGCUUGGAAAGAUCUCGUAGAAGACAAUAUCUUUAUUGAUGAUCAAUAAAUUAUUGUUGAAAAGC